AUGCCUGUAAGAAGAGGUCACGUUGCGCCACAAAACACAUUCCUUGGAUUAAUUAUUCGGAAAUUCGAGGGUCAGAACCGCAAAUUCUUGAUAGCCAAUGCCAGGGUGGAGAAUUGUGCAAUCAUAUACUGCAACGAUGGCUUUUGUGAGAUGACGGGCUUCUCGAGACCGGACAUCAUGCAGAAGCCAUGCACCUGUGACUUCCUCCACGGUGACCUGACCGACAAAGAGGCCAUCAGCCAGGUGUCUCAGGCUGUGCUUGGGUCCGAGGAGCGCAAGUUGGAGAUCACCUACUAUCGGAAGGAUGGGUCUGACUUUCAGUGUACCACCCAUAUAAUCCCAGUGAAAAAUGAGGAGGGCGUGGUGAUGAUGUUUAUCCUAAAUUUUGAUUACGUUGUGGAUGAGGAGAGUGACAACUCCACAGAGAAGAUAAGCCCAACAUCCCCUACAAAGUCAGACCAAAGGAGGAGUAGAUUCUUCCGCUUCCGCCAGGCUGCUUUGAGCUUAAUGAAUACCAACAAGCAAUCUCUUCCACAAGAGGACCCAGAUGCUGUGAUGGUGGACUCGCCCAAAGAGAAUGAGGACUCAGUAGCCCUGCAGAACUUCCCCUCACCCACCAAGAGCCUUUGCAGUCCCAUUGAGGCUAAUGACACACAUGGCCUCAUUGGCUCAAGCCACCACUCUUCCCAGGCUAGCAUCGGUCCUGAACCACUUGACCAUUCAUCCCCUAAACUCCCCUGGGAGAAGCUGUACCAGACAGAGCAACACCAGACCUCUACCACCCUGUCAAACACCUUCCCCAGAGGCAGUAUCAACAGCAUGAGGCGAGCCUCAUCCGUCCAUGAAAUUGAAGGCUACUCCAAUUCCAAAAGCGCAUUCAGGGAUCGUCAUACAAAUGAAGACAAUGGUAGCCAUGUCAGAGGCCCUUUUAAUCACAUGAAGUCCAGCCUGCUUGGCUCUACCUCUGAUUCUAACAUCAACAAGUAUAGCACCAUCAACAAAAUCCCUCUGAUUGCACUCAACUUCCAUGAGGGGACUGAUAAGAAGACUCACUCGCCACCAACAUCUGAGACAACCAUCAUAGCACCAAAGGUCAAAGACAGAACUCACAAUGUCACCGAAAAAGUCACACAGGUCCUGUCACUCGGAGCUGAUGUGCUGCCAGAGUACAAACUCCAGACAGCCCGCAUUGACAAGUUCACCAUCCUCCACUACAGCCCAUUCAAAGCUGUGUGGGACUGGCUGAUCCUGCUGCUGGUCAUCUACACGGCAAUCCUCACUCCCUACUCGGCUGCUUUUCUUCUUAAUGACCAAGGGGAGCAUAAGAGGCGUGAAUGUGGAUACUCCUGCAGCCCUCUUAAUGUAGUGGAUUUAAUUGUGGACAUUAUGUUCAUCAUUGACAUCCUCAUAAACUUCAGGACCACUUACGUGAACCAGAACGAGGAGGUGGUCAGCGAUCCAGCUAAGAUAGCAAUCCAUUACUUUAAAGGCUGGUUCCUUAUAGACAUGGUGGCGGCAAUCCCCUUUGACCUUCUUAUCUUUGGCUCAGGAUCAGAUGAGACCACCACUCUGAUUGGCCUGUUGAAGACAGCUAGGCUCCUGCGAUUGGUGCGUGUAGCCAGGAAGCUGGAUCGCUACUCUGAGUACGGUGCUGCAGUCCUCAUGCUGCUCAUGUGCAUCUUCGCCCUCAUUGCCCACUGGCUAGCUUGUAUAUGGUACGCCAUCGGCAAUGUGGAGAAGCCCUACUUGGAGCACAAGAUUGGCUGGCUAGACAAUCUCGGCGUGUCCAUAGGGAAGAGAUACAACUACAGCGAUCCUAGCUCGGGUCCCUCUAUCAAGGACAAGUAUGUCACAGCACUUUACUUCACCUUUAGCAGCCUGACCAGUGUCGGCUUUGGAAAUGUUUCCCCAAACACCAACUCAGAGAAGAUCUUUUCCAUCUGUGUCAUGUUGAUUGGAUCUCUCAUGUAUGCCAGUAUUUUUGGAAACGUCUCCGCCAUCAUCCAGAGGUUGUACUCCGGUACGGCCCGCUAUCAUGCUCAAAUGCUACGGGUGAAGGAGUUCAUACGCUUUCACCAGAUUCCCAACCCCCUGCGGCAAAGGCUGGAGGAGUACUUCCAGCACUCGUGGACCUACACCAACGGCAUCGACAUGAACACGGAGGUUUUAAAAGGUUUUCCUGAGUGCCUGCAGGCGGAUAUCUGCCUUCACCUCAACCGGAAUCUUCUUCAAAACUGCAAAGCGUUCGAAGGAGCCACCAAAGGCUGCCUGAGGGCCUUGGCCAUGCACUUCAAAACCACUCAUGCCCCUCCUGGAGACACUCUGGUCCACAGCGGUGAUGUGCUCACCGCUCUCUACUUUCUGUCCCGUGGCUCUAUUGAGAUCCUGAAAGAUGACAUUGUGGUAGCCAUCCUGGGAAAAAAUGACAUCUUUGGAGAAAUGAUCCACCUCUCUGCCAAGCCUGGGAAGUCCAAUGCUGAUGUGCGAGCUCUGAGUUACUGUGACCUGAGCACCAUUCAGAGAGAAGAUCUGCUGGAGGUGAUAGACAUGUACCCAGAGUUUGCUGACUACUUCUUCAACAACCUGGAGCUUACCUUCAACCUCAGAGAUGAGUCUGCAAAGCCUUCAAGUUCCCAAGAUUGUGAUUCAGAUGGUGAGGGCACUAAGAGCACUAAAAGAAGGAUCUCUUUCACACCAGAUGUAUCUAAAGGGGAAAACAAGGAAGUGGGGAGAGACGUGGAUAGGGAGAGGGAGUCUAACUCGUGCCUAAAGAGAUCUACAGAAGUCCUGGGUACCUCUCCACCCAAUGCCGCAGUCCUGGACUCAAAUUUUGUUGUCAGAGGCAAUGUGGAGAGAAGACCAUCUUUUGAGGAUCUGUGCUGUGAUAAAUGGGCCUGUAAGAAGCCUACGGACUUCCUGGAUGAGUCAGCACAGUUCCAGCAGCUGAGAGAGGACGAUAAUUCAGCCAGCGAAAUCACGUAUGGAGAGGUGGAACAGCGCUUAGGUCAACUUCAAGAGCAUUUGAACAGGCUUGAGUCUCAGCUGAUGUCAGAUAUUCACACCAUCCUGCAGCUGCUGCAAAGACAGCCGACACUGGGACCUCCAGCCUACAGCACUGUGACUGCCAGUCCGGACUAUCACAGACCUGCCGUGAAGGUCCAGCCAGUUGCUCUGACUGCAAGCCAUUUCUUUAGCCAUACAGGAACUCAAGGCCCCAACCUCAAACUGGAGAGGACCAUUCAGGAAUCCAAAGACUCCCUGUCGAGCUUGGCCAACAUGAAUGCACCCAUAGAGGACAGCCUUACAGCAUUGCUUGUACAAAGACAUACAGAGCCACAACAACAACAGCAGCAGCAACAACAACAGAUCACAGGGCAUCAACAAUCUGCAUUGAUCCUUCUUCCAACUGAAACCUCCUCCACCUCCUCCUCCUCUUCAUCCCCAUCCCCUUCUGACUCCAACCUCAACACCACUGGACUCCACAGACCUGUCUCAGACCCAGAGUUUCCAAGGCCGUAA